GUUCUCCCACACUCCCAGGCAUUUUACCGUCGAGCCGAGGCAUCCAGACUCCUCUACCAGGACAUGGUGAGGAGAGGUGUCCCCGGGACGGCCCGUGCGCUGAAUGACUCCAUCCGCGACUACUGCGACUGCUUCUGUUUAAAGAACGCUGACACCAAGUCCAUCUCUGAAGCCAUCGUUCUUGCAGUGGACAAUUCCGUUCCGAUGCGGUUUGAGUUUGUAGACGGAGACAUCAACUGUGGAGCCUCAACUAAAGUCCUCCAGGAACUGCUGGAGAGACAAGAUACCAAACACGCUCACUUGGGCUUUCUCCUCCACAAGAUACCCUUCCGGACGCACAAUCGCUACCACUUUGACUGCUCCUCGAUCCAGUUCUCCGUCGUGUGCAAGAAGUCGCUCAGGCGGAAGUUGCUCACCACAUUGAUAUCGUACGGAAUGCCAAUCUCGCCACAAGACGUAGCGAGGGCUGUGGAGCUACUCCCGGACACAAAAUCUGGUACUCUCGACGUAAUUGCCGCCAAUUGCAAGGGUUUGCCCAGCGAGAGUCUCUCGUUGGCGUAUGUGGCGGCAGAGCAAUCAAAAAAGCCUCAGCUUUUGGAAUGCCUCAAGAAACGUGGGGCAGCUCCUCCUGUACCGCCUGAGGAGAAGGUCUCUAAGUUCAAGUCGGAGGGAAACGCCUACUACCGCAGUGGCAAGUAUCAAGAAGCCCUGGCCAGGUACUACAGGGCUCUGCCCCUGUGCCAGCAACACAAGCUGGAGGAAGAAGAAGCCCGAAUCAGGGGCAACUGUGCCCAGGCCUGUCUCCUUCUGGAGCUCUAUAGGGAUGCCUUUGACCAUGCCAACGAGUGUCUUCGUCUCGACCCUGAAUCAGCAAAGGGCUACUACCGGAGGGCAGAAGCCCUGAGAAAGAUGCUGGAGAAUCCUGACUGGGGCACCAGAGUCCCCAAUGGAAAGACAUUCUCUGACGUGGUGGAGGACUACUUCCAGUCCCACAGGAAGGCCGAGAACGUAAAGGUCAUCUAUCAGGCCAUAGUGGUGGCCACUAACCAUGACUGCACAAAGAGCCUUCCAAACCUGACCGACGAAGAAGUGGCGUCUGGUCUGGCGACCAGGAUCCUGGUGGAGCUGCUACAGCGAGAAGACAGCCAACAGAAACACUUCUCUGCACUCUUCUUCGCCCUCCUUCCUCCCGAAAGGUUCGAGACCGGCAUCGACCUCUCCUCUCUUCGGGUACCUGCCCUUCUGCAAGAGAAAUCCAUCACCAGUUCCAAGUUGAUCCAGCGGCUAAUAACUCUCGGGAUGAGGGUAAACGAGUCGGACGUGGCCUUGGCCGUGCAGGUCCUCAGGGAACAAAACCACAAGAAGGUUCUGCAGCUGUUGGCAAAGGAGUGCGCCAGGACACGAAAGAGCACCUUCACCUCGGCGUGCCAAGAGGCCAUCAAAGCUAAAAAGCUUGAGUUUGUUUCCUGUCUCAUUGAAAAUGGCGGAGCGCCGGACGUGGAGGACCUGAAGGACCUUACUGGAUGGCCACGAGCUAACGUACACCCUGUUAUUGACAGCUAUCUGCAAGAAAACGCCCGUCCCAAGAAGAGCAGAGCUCCCGAAAGGAGGGAAGAGCCCGAAAAGUGGGAAGAGCCCCCUGCUGGUCUGCCUGAUCGUGCUUCUGCCCUGAUAACAGCAGGCCAUUCACAUUCUAUUGGUGAGGCCCUGCGAAAUGGAGGGAAACCUAGGGCGGCUGAACGCAAGUUUCAAGAAGCACUCGCUGUGUGUGUCGUGUACAGCUUCAAGGAAGAGCUAAAUGAAGUGUGCUACAGUCUGGCUCAACUCUACCUACAGCCCUACAAGCAGUAUGAUACUGCUUAUGACUAUUGCACUAAGGGUCUGAACGAGUAUCCGACAGCAAAGAUGCAUUUCCUGCGAGCUACUGUGCUCCAAGAAGCACUGAGUGCUCCGUUGGUCAGUGUCCCACGCAGUAUCCCUCCGGUGAAUGUUGUAUCUGACUACUGUAGCUGCCACCGAAUGGAGGACAAUGUGAAAGCCCUCACAGAGGCACUUGUUUUUGCCGUUGACAAUCGGUUGUCCUCGAUUCUGAAAGACCGCAAAAAGGAGCCGUUGAUGAGUCGCAGGCACGUCAAGAGUGGUUUCACCACUGACUUACUGCUGAGCCUUCUGAGACACGAAAGAGUCAAGGAAACGCACGUGAAGGUCCUCUUCGAAAUACCUGUACAUCGUGCCAACCCGCCUAUCUUUAACGGUUCAAAAGUACCGGUAUCUUUGCUGAUACGGAAUAGGAUCACCCACACCAAUAUCCUCAACACUCUGUUUGAUUGCGGGAUGACUGCCAGGGAGACAGACGUGAGACUUGCAGUGGAGACCUUGGCUGGCGACAGCGGUACGGUCGCGUUUGAGAUCCUCUGCUCACACGUCCAAGAAGACGUCGCUCUGGAUGGAAUAGGCGUGGUCGCUCUGAAGAACAAGAAAGUCCGGUUUAUCCUCUGCCUGGCAAGGAGGGGAUACAGGCUACCCUGCAGCUCACAAGAGGUCCUAGCUCUAGCUCUUGAAAAGAAUCUCGCCGAUGUUGCCGAGAGCCUUCUUCCGUUUUGCACCCUCCCCGAGGUGGAUCUCGGCGGGCUCAUGAGAUCCAGCAAACACCUGACGAACCACCACCAGCUGAUUGUCAAGAUGGUCGAUGGUGGUGUGAACCCGUGCGGGCUGGGAGACAACAAGCCUCUGGCGGAGACAAUGAAGAUGACAAACGUUGCCAAGAAAGUGGACCUCGUGUGCAUUCUGCUCGAAAGGGGCUGCGACUGUAACCAGUUGUGUGUUGGCAGUGAGUAUGCCACUACUCCAGUUCAUGUUGCCGUCACAAUCGGAGUUGAAGCCAGUGGCAGUACAAGAGUUUUGGAUGCAGUCAUGGCUUCAAAGACAUUCUGCAUGGAAGCCCAUGAUCCAUUCAUUGACAGUAAUGGGAGUACGCCCCUUCAUUUGGCUGUCAAUAAUGUCAAGAAGGAACACAGUCUUAAACUGCUGAAAGCGCUCGUUGAAAAUCACAAAAUCCCAAUAGAUCCAUCCUUGCGCGACAAGUACGGGAAGCGAGUGGCCGAUUUCAUUUCCAGCAGAAAGGACAAGAGGUUGUCUGUGUUAGCCAUAGCAGCAAACAGGGUACAACAGACAGCAAAAGGUAAGAAACAAAAGAAGAAGCAGAGAAACGAUGGAAAACAGAACGAAGAGGGGGCUGCGAAUGGUAGCAGUCCCCAUAUUGAGAAACAGGGUGAAACAAACAGUGGAGUUGCGGAAGUUGAAGCUGCAGUUCCCGUACCAAAGCCGAUGAAAAGACUGGACUCUUACGAGAUUUUAAGUGUCAAUGAAAAGCUGGAGUUUCACCUUAAACUGGUGUUGGGAAAAGGAGGCGAAUACUUCAUAACAGUAGUUGAGAAGCCACCUGAGGUAAUCAGAGAGGUGGAAAAUGGCGGCACCUCAGAGGAAACUGAGUUUCUAGCUGUGCCGUCAAAUGAACCCAGCAGAGCGGCUAGCAAGAGCCCGUCACCUCAACCACUGUCGUCAGACGAUGGAGAGAGUGAAUUGAACACAGUCAUGUCGCGGUAUGGCCUGGAGGAUUUCGACGGCCUCCCGUGGGAAGUCGAAGUGACCAACAACGUCCUCAAGUUCUUCAAGAACGAGAAGGAGCAUCCGUACACUCUGCGGCUCCGAGCGGCCCGGACUGUGUAUGAGCUGGCUGAGGGGAGAAGAGGCAAAGAGCUCUCAAAGGAGCUGAGUAGUCAGUCUUCGAACCUGUUUGAGGCCAAAUUGAGCAAGGGCGGGCGCAUCAUCUGGCAGGUCGCCAUCCAGUUCUCGCCACGGAGGACGGGAGAGCAUCACAAUCCCAUAUAUGCCCAGGUCAUACGGGUCUGGGAGAUUGUCCCCAAUCACGACCAGCUCUCGCAGACAAUCAGACACACUGUCAAACAAAUCGAGCUGUCCGAUGAGAGGGGACAGAAGGCGUUUCUGAACGUGCCACUUGUACCACAGAAAGAGGGAAAGCAGAAGCAGCAGUCAGUUCGAAAACAGGAGAGACUAGAAAUCCCAAAGAUCUUCACUCAGGCAGACGUGGAAAUUUCCGGCGGUGAAAUUGAGAGGUUUACGCCUGCAGCCAGUCCCCGGGAGGACGAGUUCAACGUGACAACAUUCUACUCUUUCUCCGGAGCUGUCCUCAAGAGCAUGUUGACCGGGAGCAAUGCGCGGAGGGAUUUCCCCUUCAAAGAGUGGCCAAAGGAACACGAGAUCAUCAACCUUCCGGAUACAGAGUCGAUACUCCUGCUGGGACGCAGCGGGACCGGGAAGACCACCUGCUGCCUCUACAGGCUGUGGAACGAGUUCAAACUCUAUUGGGACCGUGCAGUUGUCGUGAUGCUCCCCCGCAAGCCCCUCAUGGCUCUUAAGCCACCAAAAGUGAAAGAAGACGAAGAAGAAGAGGUUGAAUUGCGAGAUAAAGACUCUAGUGAGGCGACGGAAGGUGAUGUUGUCACACCAGGUGUUUCCGAUUCCCAACUCGUGAGUCAUACUGUAGCUUCAGUACCAAAAGGAUAUGAUGGAGUAGCAGAUGAGUCACCAGAAGAAGACGAUGAAGAAGAAGAAGAGGAUGAAGAUGAGUCUUAUGAAAGUGGAGAAGAGUCAACUGAAGGUAGCGAAGAGACGCAGUCAACUGAAGAUAGUGAAGAGACGCAGUCUACUGAAGGCAGCGAAGAGACGCAGUCAACCGAAGGCAGCGAAGAAACACAGUCCACUGAAGGUAGCGAAGAAGAGGCCCUUGAGAGUGGUGCAGGAGACAGCCCCAGUGAAAUGGGUGAAAUCGAAGAACAUCUACACCAGGUGUUUGUGACCAAGAACUAUGUGCUCUGUGCCCAGAUGAAGAGGCGGCUCUACGACAUGGCCGCUGCACACGACUUUCUCGACACACACAUGGACUGGGAAUCGAAAGACAUACCCCACUCGUUUGCCGAAAUUGACGAUUUCGCCUACCCUCUCUUCCUAACUGCCCGCCAGUUUUACAUACUCCUGGACAACUCGAUUGGCGACAAGGAGUGCUUUUUCCGUCCCCGGGAGAGUGACGGGAGUCUUCGGGUGAAGAUUGUGAGCUCAGACUACGACCACGAAGAUCCAGACACUCUCCUGGACCUGGAGGACAGCGACGGCGAAGGAGACCAGGUCCCAACUGCUGGAGAUCACCCGGUCCCGUUUGCUCCCACACGACAACCAACACACAAGUACGUCGAGGUCACCUCGCUCUAUUUCACAGAGAAGAUUUGGCCAGAAAUCUCGAGAAAGUGUGGCGUACGCAACCUUGACCCUCUUCUGGUGUGGAUCGAGAUUCAGUCGUUCAUCAAGGGCUCGAGAAAGGCACUCCUGAACUGCUCGGCACUGCUCCCAGACGAGUACCGCCAGAUCGGAAACAAGAUGGCUCCCAACUUUGCCAACGAGCGGGAGACAAUCUACAAACUCUACAAGUGCUACGACGAGUACUGCCAGAACAAGCGACACUCGGUGUUCCUCUUUGACGAGUGUGACUUGGUCCACGACCUACACAGUCGUCUCAGAGCGAUCGAAGACCUCCCCUGGUCCAUCCACAGCCUCUACAUCGACGAGGUCCAAGAUUUCACCCAGGCCGAGCUUGCACUCUACCUCCACUGCUGCCGACAUCCCAACUCCCUCUUCUUCACGGGAGACACGGCCCAGAGCAUCAUGCGAGGUAUAGCGUUUCGGUUCCAAGACCUCCGAUCGUCGUUCCACGCAAUCCACGAGGUCGUACCGCAGGUAAAGGUCCCUCAGCAGCCGCACACUCUCACCAUAAACUUCCGCUCGCACUCUGGCAUCCUUCAACUGGCCGGGAGCAUCAUUGACCUCCUCCAGAUGUUCUUCAAGGGCUCCAUCGACCACCUACCCGCCGACAAGGGAAUGUUCUCCGGUCCGACGCCGGUAGUGUUGGCCUCGUGCGAGGAGAGCGACCUGGCUCUCCUGUUGAGCAGCAAUCGGAGAGAGAGCUCGCGGAUCGAGUUUGGAGCACACCAAGUGGUGCUCGUGCAGUCAAAGGAGGCCAAGGAGAAGCUCCCGACCAUCCUAAAGGGAGCCAUUGUUCUCACUAUAUUCGAGUCUAAAGGACUCGAGUUUGACGAUGUACUCCUCUACAACUUCUUUCAUGACUCCAUGGUUGAUGAAAAGGGAUGGAGAGUGGUAACUGCAUAUCUCGAGGAGCACACCGAGUGUAUCAAGGUAAAAGGGCGACUCCCUGGUUCGAGCACCGAUCCACGCAGCCACAGAUUCGACGAGAGACACCACAAGGCCCUCAACUCUGAGCUAAAAUAUCUCUACACUGCCGUCACUCGGGCCAAGUGCAACCUGUGGAUCUACGACUCCAACCACAAGAAGAGACUCCCGAUGUUUGACCUGUGGUACAAACGAGGCCUAGUGAAAGUCGUAGGAGACAAUCUGGCCGGAGUGGAGAGCCAGCACAGCUUGAUCUUUGCAUCGAUAUCGAAGCCUCACCAGUGGAAGGUCCAGGGAGAUUAUUUCAUGCGGCGCUCGCGCUGGGAACAGGCAAAGCAUUGCUACGACAGGGCCGGGCCCGAGAAUGUGUAUCUGUCUGUAGAAGCCAGUGCUAGGUUUGUGGUUCAGCAGGCAUCUAAACUGGUGAAGCCCCAGCUCUAUCUUCAGGCAGCCGUGGAUUUCCUCCGCAGGGACCAGCUGGUGCACAGUGUCCAGUGUAUCCUGUUUGCAGCUCAGUGCCUCAGGAGAGCCAAGCCUCAGAGGUUUUCAUCUGCUGCAGUUCUGUUUGAGCGUCUGGGGAAGUAUGGUGAGGCUCUCAAAUGUUACAGGAAGAUCAAAGACACGAAGAACUGUGUCCGACUUCUCGAAAGAGAGAAUCGCUACGACGAGGCAGUCAGAAUGUUCCGUGCCCCAAAAGAAGCACUGGCCAAAGCCGUGGAAUACACUUCCAAGGGGAUUGAACUGUCCCACGACUUACUACCAGACAAUCUGUCGUACGUGUACGCUUCCCAGUGUGCCAAACGUAAGGACAAGUCGACACUGAUAGAAAUGCUGGGUUACAUGUCCGCCGACGCCAGCAGAAAGGCACGAUUCUUGAAGAUUGGUGGAUUUUACAGCGAGGCUUUAAAGGAAUACGUCAACAGUGAUGAACUGGACAGUGCCUACCAUCUGGCCUCUGGUCGGUGCAUGUUUUCAGAAGGCAGAGAAAUAGCCAAAACUCACGAGGACUCAAGGAAGGAGGCAGAAUUUGUAUUCCACCACAUUCACGCCGAGCUCUUGAAGAGAAGAGAAAAGGCUAGCCCAUCUUUCCCUUCUAUGAAAUUUGAAAGAGAUGUGCUAAAAUUUAAAAAUUCAGGUGACCCAAUGACCAAAGCACAAGCAUGUCUGCUAUGGGGAAUAGCGACUAAAGAUGUUGGACCCUGCAGGUUUGCUCACGGGAUCUUUGUUCGCUUGAACAAGGCUGCCGCACUACAGGCUUUUGAUGCCCUCACUUCACUUGUCAAAGAUCAUAAUAGACCUAAUCAUGACCAAGUGCUUACUGCAUGUACAAAUGCAAAAGAUCUGCAACAUGCACUGGAAACAAUGGAUGAUCUGAACCAGUUGGUGAAGCAGGCCACUUCAUUUUACGGCUUGCAAAAAGUGCGCGACGUCUAUCUGACACCUCCCAACCAUAAUGUGUGGGUAAGUGUGAAGCUAAGGACGCAGUGUCUCAUCAAGAAUGAUGAGGAGAAGGACAUUGAUGGUUGGUUCAGACUGAAUGUGUCUGCCACCAGGGAAGUUCUGGCAGCCCAUGUUGGCUCUUUCAUUACCAAGUGGCUUGAUGCAUAUGCUACAGAAAUAACCAUAAAGAGAAAAGUAGAGGGGUUCAAACUUCAUCAAGAUAUACAAAAGAAAAAAUUCUUACUGCAUCACUAUACCAACAAUGAAGUGUCUGCCCUGUCACUAACAGUGUAUAUGGAAAGCUUAGUGGGCCUAUGUAGACUUGGUGUAGUCCUAGCUAGUAAGAAAACGUGUGACAUGGCAGUCUCUACACUGCAGGCAAUAUUCUCCCCUCAAGUUUCGAUCAGCCUUCUACUCACCAAACAGCACGUAGUAGUUUUGCGUAAGGCUACAUCAAUACACAAGUCCUUUCAUGCAACCAUCAAGGCCCAUCUAGAUCCCUGUAAUCUCAACCGCAUGGACGAGUGGUUCUCAGCCUGGAGGGCCUGCUGCCUCACUGACGGCACAUUGCCAGUAGACACUACUGUACAGAAGCUUGAAAACAUGGUUAACCACCAAUUCAAAAACGGGUCAGCUUCAUCUGCUCGUUCAGACCCUUGUGGAUUCUGGAGGAGAGACGGCAGCUUCCAGGCACCUCCUGCUUACUUGUACUGGAAGCUUGAAGAUCAGUACUACCAUGUUUUCAGUAUGUGGUUGUACUCGUGCACUCUUAUUAAGGAGGCGAGGAAACCUAUUUGGGCAGCGAGGCAGGCCAUCUAUCAUUUCCUUGGUACAAUCAGUCAGAGAAAGUCCCUCUCUAUAUCGGUCAUGAACCUUGUCCACGUCCUCAUCGUCCACUGUACGGGGCUGUUUGCUAUGCUUACCCAACUUAAUCACCACCAGGGAAUGAGAUUGGCCAAAUUUGUCAUCCCCGUACCAUACCCAGCAUGUGUAGACCUGUUUGACUGGCUCAACUGUAAAGACAGGGAAUGCACCAUGUUUUCUGCAUGUACUGCAAAAGUGACGCAAUCCCUCAAACGGGGAACACCUCACCUUCUUCACGACGAUUGUGUCAAACUACUGGACACAGCACUAUCCAUACUAUUGGGUAAUUACAGAAAAGACAACACUCUUCCUAAGGAGGAACAGACGAGUUUCAGAGUUUUAAAGUAUGCCUUUAGAAACGAGAAAGUGGUGAGCAGUGGAGCUGCCCGGCACUGUUUGGUACUGGCUCUGACUCUCUUUGCAAAUCUGGUUCCUUACCAGCCGCAGUACAAGUGUGAAACAAGGAAAAGGGAGUUUGUGUCGUUUUUUGAGGAGGUAUCAAAUCAAGAAAAGGCACCUGAUUACGUGAAGGAUGGGGCCAGUGUCUUCCAGGCCCCUUCAGCGGAGAUGUUGAAAUCAGUUUAUCAAUACGUGGGCAGGUUGUUGAGCAAAGUAUGUGCCAAGGGAACACCAACACAGUCAUUGAUGAUGUUCAGUGACAAAGGGAAGGUUACUUAUGCUCCUCUGCCAUCGGGGGAUGCUUCCACCGCAGGAGUGACUCUGCAACAGCUCCAAUCAGCACCCAAAGUUUUCAGUGCUCCUCCCCCAGGCUUGGCCAAAACAGACCUAACAGGGAAGGGUAUAUCAAUCUUACAGUCUCCAGCCGAGCGAUCACCAGGGCGGGGCGGACAGCCACCGUUUCAGCCUGCAACUACAGCUGCCCCACCAGCCGGUCACCCAGGGGUGACAGUCGAGCGUAUGUGGCAGAAUCUUCCUCCAGUUCUGGACAAUCUCCUCCACCCGCCAAGCACUCAGACACAAAUGACUACCUUUGGACAACACGAGCAGCCGUUGGCACAAACCUCUUGGGACUAUAACCAGUACCAGGUGACCGAUCCCCUCUUGUACCAGCAGAACAGCGUGCAGCAGUUGACAUACACUCCUCUGCCUCAGCACACUAGUAUAUUUCCACCCUCACAGGUAUUUGACCAGCAUGUACAGCAGCAGCAGCACUCGGGUCCCCUUACUGUACCAUUUGAAGCUUCCCUUCAGCCACAGUCACGACCACAAUGGGAUCUCUCUUCCUAUGAUCCCCUACUAGGGACAGGGGGACUCACUCAUCAGCAUGGAGAUGGUGGGCAAAGUGACGAACUCCCCUGGCCUGAUUUGAGUAGUUCACUUCCCAGGCUGUACUAUCCUCCGUUGAUUCAGCAGCAGCCAUCUUUGGAUCCAUAUGGUCCUCUACCACAAUACUCUUCCACCAUGCCCUCUAACUUUGACUGGGAUCCCCUUGCCACCCAACAGAACCUGUCAGAACCCAGCAUUUACUAUGGAAGUCAAUACACCACACCCCAUGCAUCAUACGACACUCCGCUUUCUAAUACUACUGCUGCCGUCCCCUUGCACAUUGAGCUAGCCUCUCAGCUGAAUGAGAGUGUUAGUGUGACACCGCCACCAAGCUCACCGUAUGUUCCACCACCCACACAGUCUCUUUCGGUGCUACCACCAGCAACAAAAGAAAUUCCCCCUCAGAACGGAGAAGCUAACUCACACCAGAUUCGAACAGUACCUCUCUCUGAAGUCUAUGACGCCAACUUCCAGCCAUCAAUGACAGAGCAGUCUCAGAACCCUGAUGCUCCACAGCCUACAAUGACUGCUUUCAAUGAAGCUAUUUAUCACCAAAAAUAUGUCCAAACCGAAGCACAGGACGAAGGAAACGUGCUGUUCCCAGAACAUGUACCAGUGGAAGAGCACGAGAAAGAAAUUGUUGCUGAACGUGAACCACCAGAGACGGAAGAAACUCUGAAAGACGAAGAAGAAGAAGAAGAAGAAGAAGGCUUUGGAGAAAUGGAUGAAGAAGACAAAGCUCUGGGGAUGUCGGCCCUCCGAAGGCCAGUGUCGCCUCAUCUUCCUGAAGUCGAUCCCCAUCUCAUCGACUCAAGCAUAGUCACCGAAGAGUUCUGCAACAUAUGUGGCAUGGCUCUGAUGUCAAAGCAUGCUGCUGAGGAGAGCAAAGAAGCGAACGAAGAAGAAGACAGCUCCGACAACGUCAUGGAGCCUUAUGACUCCCACGUGCGCGGCACUACUCACUCCCGGAAUUACACUCUUCACAAGAGCUUCAAGGAAAAGUUGGACGAAUGUUAUACGGUGAUGGUGGAUGAACUAUGUUCCUUGCGUUACAAGUGCGAAGAGAUGCAGGCCCCCUCUCUCACCAGGCUUACUGACGACAUACACGACACCCUGGAUAAGUACGACAGGAAGAUGGCCGAGCGCCAGACCAACUUGAGCUGGAGAAUGGGACUAACCCUCAUCGAUACGGCCACUGACGAGUUUCAAAGUCUCCUGGCUAGAGGAAACAAACAAUACGAGCAGUUUAAGUCUGAGAAUCCUCGGAUGAGUGAUCCGAGGCCAAGAAGGGGUGGCGGGGGAGGCGAUAAUGCAGCGGGUGGGGACAGUGACACAGAGUUCCAUGAAGAGAUGAACAGGACAGUUGGCGAGAUGGAAGAUGAUGAUUUACUGACACUGCGAAGUGAGACUAGCAAGCUCGAAUCACGAACCCGCAAGAAAGUAAAGAAAAGAAAGCGGUGACACUUUGUAACAUGAACUAUGUCGUAAUCUAUACUAUACAUGCAUAUUGUGUUGUGUUCUGAUUGUUACAGUCAUAUAUAUAUCAAACCCAGUGUGUUGUGCUUUGUGUGUAUCAACUAUGAAUGUUGUUUGAAACAAUAUUUGAUGUGACACGAUUAGCAGCUAUAGAAUGUACAUCAGAUAUUGGCCAAUGUUGCCCUAUUAUACUGGUAUAAAUGCAUUCUUCCAACAAUACAAAAUAUUAAAUCUGUUUCAACAAACGGCGCAGAAUCUUCCCAGAAGCAGACUUCGGAAUGGCAUCAACAAACUCCACCCCUCCUACGAGAUGCUUGUGUUUGGCCACCCUCCCAGCGACGUACUCCUCAACCUCUCUCUCCCGGAGACUAGAGUUUUUCUUCACGACGUAGGCUCUCGGAGCCUCUCCCAGUCUCUCGUUGGCCACUCCGAUGACUGCCGCAUCGGCGAUCUUCUCGUGGGUCACCAGGAGAGCUUCCAGCUCUGCCGGGGCCACCUGCAGACCCUUCACCUUGAUCAGCUCCUUGAGUCGGUCUGUGAUGUAGAACCAGCCGUCCUCGUCAAAGUGGCCAAUGUCCCCGGUACGAAACCACCCAUCGUCAGUGAUGCAGUUCCUGGUGGCGUCCGGGAGAUUGAGGUAGCCUUUCAUGACGUUGGGACCUCUGAUCCAAAUCUCUCCUUCUUCUCCGGUCGACCGGGUCUCGUUGGUUUCAGGGUCCACCACUUUUACAUCGGUACUUUUGACCGGAACUCCAAUGGACUGCGGUUUCUCCUUGCUGAGUGAGGCAGGAACCAUGUGUGUCACGGGACUUGUUUCUGUGAGUCCGUAUGCCUGCCUAAUGACAUCACACUUUAAUCUGGCUCGAGCAGCCUCAACCAAAUCCCCACCCAGUGGGGCAGCCCCCGAGGUUAUUUGCCUAAUGCAAGACAGGUCGUAGUCAUCCACCAUGGGAUGCUUGGCAAGGAAAAUGAUGAGGGGAGGAACUAUGUUGACAAUGUCUGUCUUAUAUUUGGAGAUUGCAUUGAGGAAGAGCUCGGGCUCAAACCUUGGCAAGGAGACAACCUUGCUGCCUGCAUACAGUGACGAGAAGAGGACUACAACCAUCCCAUAGAUGUGAAAGAAAGGUAACACGCCAAGAAGUGUGGUACCCUCUUCAAAAUAAUACUGCAGUUCUGGAUGCUCUAGUUGGAGAAUGUUAGCACCGACGUUGUAGUGCGUCAAAACUACACCUUUUGGUAGACCACUAGUCCCACUAGAAUACGGUAAAACUGCUAUGUCGCGCUUGGCAUCUACAGAGACCGGGUUGAAGAGAAGAACCACUAUCCUCCAGAAGAUGACUGUAGGAAAUCAGAUUGGAGCCCCUCGGGCCACCUUCCCCUUCACUUCCAACCACAAUGAUUCUUUCCACCCCGGCCUUCUCCGCAGCCUCCUGGACGGUGGGCAGAAUAGCAGGGACGGUGGCAAUCACGUCGGUGGCCGAGUUCUCGAACUGGUAGGCCAGCUCAUGUGCAGUGUAGGUGGGAUUGACGGUACUCACCGUCCCGCCUGAGGCCAGAGCUCCGAAGAACACAGAGCAAUAAUCGGGGACGUUAGGAGAGCAGAUGGAGAGGACGUUACCUUUGGAGAAGCCCAUGCGGUUGAGGGCCGAAGAGAACUUGGACGUGUUCUCGUCCACCUCGUUGUACGUGUACUCCCUACCAGUCACCCCGUCCACUACGGCCACUCGGGGGCCGUACUUGGAGAAGUCUCUGAAGACGUGCGAGUAGAGGUUGAGCUCCGGGUAGGUCGCUGCUUCGAACGGACAACUCACCACAUUAUCGCUGCUAAUCGGUGCUCUAAUAGCGGUGGAAGACAGCAGUGAGGGCGAGUUGGACAGGCAGCGCUGGCCAACGGAAGGGCGAAACAGGAGAAUGGACGUGCGCUUGCAGAGCAUCAACGCAGCAGCCAUAGUUAGACGGAACCAACGCAGGUCCAGGUUCGUGCGUGAGGACCCGCCUCACAAUGGAGGCCCG